AUGGGACCUCCGCCUAUCCCUUCUCAUGCCACGGCUGUGCCUUCUCCGCCGCCGACUUCAGAGCCAAAGAGGGAUGCGCUGCUGGAGGAGGAUCUGCCGAAAAGCGUCCUUUUGCAGAAGUGGCGAGCGCGAGAAGGGCGGCCGGAGGUGGAUGAGGAAGUGCUGCUGAGAGACGUAAUAUUCCUCCUGCAAGGCAUCAAUGGCAAGUACGUCGGCUUCGAAGAAGUGCGCGAGCUGCCUUCCAACGAGAUCAUCGAUGGCGCAAGGCCACGGGACCCAGAGACGGUCCUGCAUGUGCGCUUUCACGAGGACCAAGGGGCUACCAUUGCGCAACCGACAAGACAUCUCAUCCAUCGCAUUGCCGAGCUGGGACGGUUGUACAGGCGUGCCAAUGACUUUAGCCAACAACGAUCGCAGCAAGAAGGCGUCGGUCUGAUCAUGCAGUCGUUGUGCCACUUCAUCUCGUCGGAGUUGACAGAUUACUACCGGUUGAUUGCCAUUCUGGAAGCGCAACUCAAUCGCAAGGGCACAAAAGACGAUGGUAAUGGCCUCUCGCUCCGGCGCAUUGCGGUUUGGACCGAGGACGUGACGCUGAGGAUGCGUCUUAUCAGCACCGUGAUCGAGAGCUGUCAGGACUCGCACGGCGGAGCAAUCGUCUCCCUCAUCCACUCGUACACAUUCAAUGGCGACCCUUUUGUCCGCAGCUUCACCGCGCAAAUCUUAGAGGAGGUGUCGAAGCCUUUCUUCCACUCACUCUCAAGAUGGAUCUUUGAAGGCGAGCUCCAAGAUCCCUUUGGCGAGUUCUUUGUCGAGCUCAACCCAGACAUCAAGGCCGGACGGGGGCCUCUGGACGACUUUGAAGGAGAGAACGAGGCGGCGUCGCUGUGGCAGGACCAGUUUAUCUUCAAGACGGACAUGCUGCCAAGCUUUCUGGGCGAAGAUUUUGGUCGUAAGAUUUUCUCGACGGGCAAAUCUCUGAACUUCAUCCGCUUCAGCUGCGGUGAUGGCGACUGGGUGGCCACGCGCAACAAUCUCAGUAACUCUGGUCGCGAUCUGAGAUACGCUGAUUUGCCUGGUCUCGAACGGACAAUCGACACUGCGUACAACAUUGCCAGUACCCGGCUCCUUGACAUUUUCCUCGACAAGUUCAAGCUGCUCGAUCACUUGCGUGCGCUCAAAGACUACCUCAUGCUCACGAGGGGCGACUUCGUGGAUCUUCUCAUGGAGUCACUUGGACCGUCGCUCAGCCGACCAGCCUCCUCUCUUUUCCGGCAUAAUCUGACCGCUUCGCUCGAGACUGCCGUGCGAGGUAGCAAUGCCCAGUUUGACGACGCAGAUAUCCUCCGUCGGCUCGAUGCUCGUAUUCUGGAAUUUGUCGCAGGCGAUACCGGCUGGGACACCUUUACGCUCGAGUACAAGGUCGACUCGCCCGUCAAUACGGUCUUGGAUGGACAGGCAAUGCUGGGUUACCAGACGAUCUUCAACCAUCUUUGGAAGACGAAGCGCGUCGAGAUUGCUCUGACGAGGAGCUGGGAGAAGCUCUUUUCUGUGUCCAACAUCCUGCGGAGGCUCAAAAAGGGCAAGAAGCAACUCCUCAGCGCCGGAUUGGAGCGGCACGCACACCAGGCCUUGCUCCUGCUGAGCGAGAUGAUCCAUUUCGUCCGGCAAAUGCAGGGCUUCUGCCAGCUGGAAGUCAUCGACUAUUCGUGGCAGGAUCUCAAGACUUUCUUUGCCAAGCGACAAGGAGACCUCGACGAGCUCAUUCAGUCUCACCGGGCCUAUCUGAAUGCCCUCAUCGGCAAGGUCCUCUUGCGGGGUGGGCGACGCGGGGCCGGCGAUCACCUCGCACAGGAGGUACGGGCAAACUACGACACGAUGCUGGCCUUUUCAAACGGCAUCGACGACCUCGCAGCCAACAUCUCUGCGCAGCUCUCCCGUGUCGAGCUGGACCAGGACGCGCUGCCGCCCAUCGAUCCGAACGCACUGGUCAAGAUCAUGACGCGGGUCCAGGAUCAGGCUGCCCAGUUCCAGGAGCGGACGCAAGGCAUCAUUGCACGGCUUGAAAAGCACGCCAAUCUGGUCGUGAGGGACCUGGGAACGAGGCUCAAUUUCAACACAUAUUACGCCAAUGCGAGAAAGGCUUCCUCGUCAUCGGCGGCGGCAGCAAAUAUCGUUGCUUCGUCGUCGAUGAUGACGACGGCCACAGCGCGGACUACGGCGGCGAGGGAAGAGACGACGGCUGCAUGA